CGCUGUGGGCUUUUCCUUACGGCUGACAACUCGCACGCUCUCAUCAGAACAACUCCUUUUGGUGAGAGUCUCGGGUUCCUAGAAUAAGUCCAGAAUAUCAUGGGCAAAGCACCGCUGCAUUAGACUCGGUGCUUGCAUCUGCACAUGUACAGACGACAAAGUUCAUGUAUCCCGGCAACGAAUGCUUUAAUACGCCGGCUUGCGCCACUAGCGACUACCUAACAGCAGUACUUCUUCCAACCCUAUCAUUCACUACUACUACCUCACUUCAUUUCCCAUCCACAACCUCCAUCGACUCCAACCCCUCUCACGCAUGCUCCAUCUCAGCUAUCUACAAACACGCCGCAUGCCUCCUCGGCGGCGGAUACGGAGCCGGCUGCCUUCCUCCCUUCUCCGGCGCCGGCUCAGGUCCAUGUUCGACCUCACAUCCAUGCGCUUCCAGGAACUUCAGCAGAUCGGCCCGUACGCUAUGGCGUUGGGGCGAGGGCGGAGGCGGCGACGGCGGGGGAGGAGUUGGUGGCUGGGGAUAUAGUGGUUGCAGAGCCUGCACGCCUUUUAGGAGUGCGUAUCGCUUGGGUGAGGGAGGAGGCGGGGGAGGUGGCGAAGGCGGAUUGCCUCCUGUGCCGUAUCCCGUGCGCGAAGGCGAUGGCGGCGGAACAGGCGGAGGAGACGGCGGAUCCGGCCCUGCAGCUCCGUGCCUCCGCGCCGGAGGAGGCGUUGGCGGCGGCGAUGGUGGAGGUAUAGGAGGGGGCAACGCGUGUGGCUGUGGCUUGCGGGAAGGCGAUGGCGGCGGCACUGGCGGAGGAGAUGGCGGAUCAGGCCCUGAACGUGCGCAGGGCUUAUCUUCAUCGCGUGCUUUAGGUGGUGUCAAGGGCAGCGGAGGAGAGUAGCGGGGCGGCUUGCAGGAGUCGAACGCCGGUGCUGAGGUAGGACGGAGCGUGGUUGCAGUUGCCAUAUUGUGGUUGUUGCUGAGUGAGUAGGUCGAAGGUACGAUUGAUACUGCUAUUCGAAGAGGUGCUCGUAGAUCGUGUAAUGUAAUAUAAUAGUGUAUCUCGCUAGGAGAUAUAAAUUUUUUUUUAACAAAGGCGUAUUGUUGUUAGAUUAUAGGAGGAAAGUUACUUGGCUUGUUCUGGAGAAAGGAUAUAG